AUGUCUUCUUCGUCCACAUUCGCCCCUUGGUCAGCAGAAAUCAUCGAAAACUCUAGCCAGAAGCCAGAAACUCAUCGUCCAGUCAUCGCAAGCAUGGCUCAAGACGAUCAACUGGCCGAGUCCCCGCGUGAAAUCACCACAGGACCGAGCAAUGAAAACUCUACGUCGCCGUGGUACGUUCCGACCUCGUCGACCAUUUUUCCAAAGAAAAAGGGAGACCUUCUUGUUGCUGCAAAGCGGACGCUUGCAGGGAAAAUCAACCACAAUGCGAAUGGGAAUCUGGACAAGAGUCCCGAUGUCGAGCAGGCUGCCCGCCAUUACGUAAACGAUGAAGAGCUCUCAAGAGAGGAGGAAGUGCGGCAAUCUAUCACAAAUCUUCCCGAGGACUUUGCGCCGCUUCGUAGGCGUGCCUCGAUCCAGUCCUUGGUUGCAGCAAUCGGAGACGAAGAGAGUCGACGUCUCACGGCUUUGGCAUAUCUCUCAUAA